GAAGAUGCUGCAGUCCCUGGCGGGCAGCUCGUGCGUGCGCCUGGUGGAGCGGCACCGCUCGGCCUGGUGCUUCGGCUUCCUGGUGCUCGGCUACCUGCUGUACCUGGUCUUCGGCGCCGUGGUCUUCUCCUCAGUGGAGCUGCCCUACGAGGACCUGCUGCGCCAGGAGCUGCGCAAGCUGAAGCGGCGCUUCUUGGAGGAGCACGAGUGCCUGUCCGAGCAGCAGCUCGAGCAGUUCCUGGGCCGGGUGCUGGAGGCCAGCAACUACGGCGUGUCGGUGCUCAGCAACGCCUCGGGAAACUGGAACUGGGACUUCACCUCCGCGCUCUUCUUCGCCAGCACCGUGCUCUCCACCACAGGUUAUGGCCACACCGUGCCCUUGUCAGAUGGGGGUAAGGCCUUCUGCAUCAUCUACUCCGUCAUCGGCAUUCCCUUCACCCUCCUGUUCCUGACGGCUGUGGUCCAGCGCAUCACCGUGCACGUCACUCGCAGGCCGGUCCUCUACUUCCACAUCCGCUGGGGCUUCUCCAAGCAGGUGGUGGCCAUCGUCCACGCCGUGCUCCUUGGGUUUGUCACUGUGUCCUGCUUCUUCUUCAUCCCAGCUGCUGUCUUCUCAGUCCUGGAGGAUGACUGGAACUUCCUGGAAUCCUUUUAUUUUUGUUUUAUUUCCCUGAGCACCAUUGGCCUGGGAGAUUAUGUGCCUGGGGAAGGCUACAAUCAAAAAUUCAGAGAGCUCUACAAGAUUGGGAUCACGUGUUACCUGCUACUUGGCCUUAUUGCCAUGUUGGUAGUUCUGGAAACUUUCUGUGAACUCCAUGAGCUGAAAAAAUUCAGAAAAAUGUUCUACGUGAAGAAGGACAAGGACGAGGAUCAAGUGCACAUCAUAGAGCAUGACCAGCUGUCCUUCUCCUCGAUCACAGACCAGGCAGCUGGCAUGAAAGAGGACCAGAAGCAAAAUGAGCCUUUUGUGGCCACUCAGUCAUCUGCCUGCGUGGAUGGCCCUGCAAACCAUUGAGCGUAGAAUUUGUUUGCAUUAUCCUAGGGCACCAGGGUCGGGGUGCAAGGAAGAGGCUUAAGUGUGUUCAUUUUUAUCAGAAUGCAAAAGCAAAAAUGAUGUCACUUUUAAGAAAUAGCUACUGUUUGCAAUGUCUUAUUAAAAAAAAAAAUGGAACAAAGAAGCUGUGACCCUGGCAAGAUGUCUAAUAUGUGAGGAAAUGGGAUGUGCACUUAAAAUUCACAUGUGACAAAAUUAUCUACACCUUACAUAGGAGGAGAAUACUUGAAGCAGUAUGCUGCUGUGGUUAGAAGCAGAUUUUAUACUUUUACCUGGAAACUUUGGGGUUUGCAUUUAAAUCAUUUAGCUGAUGGCUAAAUAGCAAAAUUUAUAUUUAGAAGCAAAAAAAGAAAAUCCUAGAGAUGUGUUUUAUAAAUAGGUUUAUGUGUACUGGUUUGCAUGUACCCAUCCAAAAUGAUUAUUUUUGUAGAAUCUAAGUUAAACUUACUAUUUAUAAUGCAUAGGUAACCAUUAACUAUGUACAUAUAAAGUAUACAUAUGUUUAUAUUCUGUAUAUAUGGUUUAGGCCACCAGAUCCCAGUGUACUUCUCAAACCAAGACUACAGAUAUUUUGUUUCUUUCAAUUUCUCUUUAUACUAAAGAAUCCAGAGUUGCUACAAUAAAAUAAGGGGAAUAAUAAACUCGAGAGUGAAUAACCAUAGUAUUCUGCUGCAAUAAAUGUUUCUACCCUCUUGCAAUAGAAUGGUGUCAGAUGUCUAACAUGUUUAUAAACAGUUUUUUUGAAUUGAACAAGUUAUGAAUAGGAUUUAUUAAAAGGUUAAGAUACUCUGUUUUGAAAGUACAUUGUGAUUUGCAGCCACCUAGCACUAAAGCACAGAGCUUAAACACAAAUCCCUAAAUGAACAGAUUACGUUAUAUUAAUCAGAGAAUUUUAAGUUCAGAAGCUAAAAUAAAAUACAAAUCACA